AUGGCCCUCCCGCUGUGGGUCUCUACCCAGUUAUUAUGGGUGGGACACUUUUUGACGGCAGUAGUACGAUCAGAAGUGGGAUAUGUCCAUCCUUGCGCGAAAAUUGCAGACAUAUACGAUCUUUCCAAUGGUGACGUGCUUCUACUCAGCCCAGAACUCGCGUACGAAUGCCUAAGCUCAGUACCCGUCAAACAAGAAGAUGCGCAAACUUUGGUUGAUAGCCUUCGAGGCUAUCUCGAGAUCCAAAGCACUCUUGACUAUUUAGCUUUCCCCCCCUCCGGAUGGCUUUUCCCACCUGUUGAUAUCAUUGAUACUCUGAGUCAAAUUCAACAGAAGGUGGCAAAAAAUGAAUAUUCAAGCGAGUACGACUUGCAAAUUGAUCUGCAUACGAUGGCACUGCUGGGAAAAGACGACCAUUUUACCACAAAAGGCCCAAUAUUGGGCGCACUGACCUUUCACCGGGCCGCAUCGUCCCUAAUCUCCUUGUCUGAAGACGGAGUACAAAACCCAUUGGUAUAUCUUUUUGAUGAUGAUGAUCACCCAUGGUUACGAUCAGACGCAGAGUUUUCUCCAAUUAUCAGGAUCAAUGGCUUUGAUGUUCAAGAAUAUAUACAGAUCGAAUCAUUGACCGGCACAUCACAAGACCCAGAUGCUUUGUAUAACGGCUUGAUGUAUCCUUAUGGACUGCUUUUCGACAGUCCCGAGUUUUAUCCUGGACCUUAUACAAACCUGACAUUUCACAAUGGCUCAACCAAACCGUUCAAUAACUACGCGCAAUGGGAGGGAAAUCUCACCGGAAUUGUUGAUGGGUAUGGAAUGUACGAGCGGUUUUUCGCAGUUCCAGAUUCCAUUGAUGAGUCUGGAGCGUCUGCAUAUGCGAAACCGAGAAUGAAGCGGCAAUUACCUGCGCCUGACGUGCUCUCUGACGAUAGCGGUUUCAUCAAAGGGUAUUGGGGCGAUAGUGUGCCAACCGAUGUCGCGGUCAUAGUCAUUUCCAGCUUUUCCCCUGGCGAGAAUGGUAGUUCGGAUGUAAAGUUCCAGAAAGCCCUGCAAAAAAUUCUGGCAUCUGCCACAGAGAACGGCAAGAAGAAGCUUAUAAUCGACCUGCAGGGGAAUGGAGGAGGAUCGGUGGAAUUGUGCCUGGAUACGAUGGUACAACUAUUUCCUGAUACGACACCCGACACCAAGUCCAAUAUGAGGGCCUCAGGAGCUCAGCAAGCUGUCAUUCAGUACUACAGCGAAAUGACCCAGAUUGCCGAAGACAAGGAUCCCACCACCGAACUGGACAAGGAAGAACUCGAAGCCGAGGAGUGGUACUCGCCUUUUGCCUACCAGGCUGUCAUGUCGCCCGUAUCCAAGAACUUUGACAGUGUGAAUCAUUUCUAUGGCCCCUACCGCGAGGGUCCGGGAUAUUUCACCUCCUAUUUCCAGGAAAACUAUACAAAUAACGAUUACUCUUUGGUUGAACAUACGGAGAUGAACAUCACACAAGCAACUCCUGGAGCACAGUGGCCAUUCAGCCCGGAAAAUAUGAUUAUCUUGACUGACGGGAUCUGUGCGUCUGCGUGCUCGAUAUUCGUCGAGUAUCUGAAAAACAAGUUCCAAGUAAUGAGCAUCGUUGUUGGCGGACGGCCACAAACAGGUCCUAUGCAAACGAUUGGCGGAGUCAGAGGCAGCAGAGUAUUCAACGGCGAUUGGUUGGAAGCUAUGGUGGCGGCAUAUCUGAAUCACACUGAUGCCCACCCUGGAUCUGGAGAUCCGACAUUCGAGCACUGGGAUUAUGGGCCUCGAAAUCGCUUUGGGACCGAUGGUCUACGGGUGAACUCGUUCAACGCCUAUCGAAUGGGAGAGGUGCACAACACUCCCCUGCACUUCGCUUACGAGGCUGCCGAUUGCAGGAUCUGGUAUACUCCGGAGAUGAUCGAGGACAUCACGGUGCUUUGGAACCGGGUGGCAGAGCUUGCGUUUUCCAACCGUGUGGGAGACGUCAUAACCUCGCCUUACUGCGUCGAGGGAAGCACCAAGCACCCGACAAGCAUUAGCGGUGGCGUCAAGCAGGGAGAGUUGGGCCCACAGACGCCGCCUGCAACCGCCUUCCCACAAUACACCGGAUGGAUCGUGAACGGGACAAAGAUCACGCAAGACAAUCUGGGCCGUGCACAUAGAGUUGGCGCACCCAGCACAUACAGCAGUAGUGGCGGCGACGACGACGAUACCCCCGUCGUCGAUCCGGUCGCUCUGCAAAAUUUCAAGGACCUCUGUUCCGAGUAUAUCACGGAAGAGGAAUGGUUCCUUAAACUUAUGUGCCUGGCUGUACAGUGA